ACAAAACACUUCAACUCUUCCUGACGAACAUGAAGCUUACAUGUUUCCUGCUGGUGCUUCUGGUGGCAGUGGCGGUGGUAUCCGGCGAGCCCCACUUUAAAGGCAAAGGGUUCGGCAAGAAGGGAGGUGGAUUCCAUAGGCGCCCCAUACACGUAGUGCACCAGCCCGUGUAUUACCCCGUCCACUACGGCGGUUAUGGGGGAGGAUACGGGCACGGCGGAGGAUACGGACACGGCGGAGGAUAUGGGCACGGUGGAGGUUUUGGAUAUGGCCGGGGCUCCGGACACUUCGGUGGCUAUGGGCGGUGAGCUCUUAGCAAAGAAACACCACCACGACGGGUCUGCUAGCGGCAGUUCAAGACAACCUCCUCAUUCCGAAAAGCGGCAUGAAGCUUGUUGUGGACGCCAGUAGCAAUGUCAUUUGUCGUCUUUGCUCAUUAAUAUUAACGUAAUGCAUACAAAAUGUACACACACACACACACACACACACACACACACACACACACACACACACACACACACACACACACGGAUGAAUUCUUGUAUUCUAAUAUAUAUAUAUUUAUGCUGAAUAAACAAACUGUCCAUGAA